AAAUGGAAACACCCAAGUACAAGAGAGUCUUUGAGAACCUGCAACCCACAACAUUUGACAUAUUUUGUUUGCAAACUGACUGGAAUUGUUGAAUAACUGACCAGACAUUUCAGUUCAAAUAACAGGGAGUUUUCAGUCCCCAACAUACCAACCAGCAGCAAGGAUGAUGGGAUUAUGACAACAAGGACAACAAACACCCUCAGGCAGGCGACAUGACCAGCAACAUGGACUUCUCUGGCACCUGGAAGGUUUAUUCUGAAGAAAACUUGGAUGAAUUUCUGAAAGCAGUUGGUGCUCCUGAAAUGAUUGCCAAAAUGCGUAAAGACAUCAAACCAGCAAUAACAAUCGAACAGAAUGGCAAAGACUUCACCUUCACUGUAAAGACACCACUCCGCACUUGUGUCAACACAGUCAGCAUCGGCAAAGAGUCGGAAGUAAUUGCAGUGGAUGGCAGGAAGUUUAAGUGCACUGUCAGGGAGGAAAAUGGGAAGCUGAUCACAGACUGUGAGAAAUUCACCUCUGUCCGAGAGAUCCAAGGAGAGGACAUGGUGGAGACAAUCACUGCUGGCUCUGUAACGUUCAUCAGUAGAAGUAAACGAGUCUAAUUCAAAGCUGACACCUCAUGGAUCUUCUCAAAGAUGAUUAAUAAAGCUAAAUAUAUGCAUCAAUAAAUGUGU